AACGUUCUCUGGGGCGAGGGGAGAUCAGCGGCACCAGACUGAAGAAGCCGGAAACCAAGAAAGUGAUAACCGACGCUACUGUUUCUCUAGCCACUUCGGUCCUUCGGUAUCCGAGUACUUGGAAAGAUGCUCUCCACGCGUAUCCAGUGCGCUUUGGCGCUCCUGUCCCUCGCGCUCACUGUAAGCAGUGUCUCGGGUGCACCGUCCGACGCCAAACUACGCCAGUUUCUUCAGAGGUCGCUCGUCGCCCCGUCCGGAAAACAGGAGCUAGCCAGAUACACACUCGCAGAAUUGCUCUCAGAGCUGGCGCAAGCAGAAAAUGAGGCAAUGGAAUCUGAUGAUUUGUCUCGUGGCACCGAACAAGAGGACGUGCGCCUUGAGCUCGAGCGAGCUGCCGGUCCUAUGCUUGCUCCCCGUGAGCGCAAAGCCGGAUGCAAGAAUUUCUUCUGGAAAACUUUCACGUCAUGUUAGUUGUUUAUUACAAAACCAUCUUAAAGGUCUAUUUUCCCCGUUAUCUUAUUUGUUCUCACGUUUUGGUUUUCAAAUAUUAACGACGCCACAAUGUUCUUGUUUCCAAAAAAUGUAAAUAACAAAAUAAAAAUUGUUCCGUUUGUCAUUUGACAAUAACGACGAUAGUUUUAAUUGGUCGUUUUUUUUCUUUCUUUCUUUCUGAGAAAUUGGUGAGCCUAGAAAGAAUGUUUAAUGAAUGUAUGCAAAUUACUACGGACUGUACUUUAGAAAGAAAAUUCUAUUUUUAACUGAGUAAAAUCUAUGUUUCAGAGCCAAUGCGUAAUGCAGAUUUGUCCUACCAAUAAAUGCAAUAUGCACACACACAUACAGAGUGAAAGAAAGAGAGAAAGAGAUGGAGAUUUUAAUGGAAACUGUUCACACUGUGCUCAGUUGUUUGCUUAGAAUUAAUUUGUGUGUAAAACUGGCAUAUUUUGAUAUAUCAUUAUUCUGUUCAGUGAUUCAGUGCUUUCAUAACUAUGAAAGUGAGACUAGUUUUGUCAGCUUGUCAACACAAUAUACUGUGUUUACUAAACAGCGGCUUCUGUUAGUUUGUUUGGUAAUCUGUGAAUGAGUCUGUAUGAGUAACUCUGAGUGUGACAGAGAAAGUAACAGCUUGACUAAUCGCUUCUGUUAAGAAAACUCUCAAACAAUUAAACCAUGAGUGUGUGUGGCUGUAUUUGAACUGAGUCUCUCUCUUUCUCUCUCUCUCUCUAUGUAGAUGUAUGACUGUUUUAAAUCCUGGCACAGACAUGCCUGGAUGCAGAAUGGGUGUGUAGAGUUCUGGACUGAAAAUUUUUAUAUGAUGUUUUAUUAUCCCCUAAAAAAUUCUAAGGUUCAUUUCAUACAUGGUCUUGAAUAAGUUGUUUUUCAGAAAGGUGUCGUGAGAAUCCAUUUCUCCAAAUAACAAAACCAAACUGAACAGUAUGAGGUAUCAAUAGCAAUGUUGCCACACAGUGAUGCUUAAAACAUAGAACAUGUGAAGUUCACUUGUGCUUGUACACAUAAAAAUAACCAACAUUAAAAACUUAUGUUCUAAAGCAGAU